CGCGUCACCAAACGCCCACUACACCCUCCAUCACCAUGGCCGACGUCGAGAUGAAGCCUGCCGACACUAAGCCCAAGGAAGAAGAGAAGAAAGAGGAUAAGGAAGACAAGAAGGAGGAGAAGAAAGAGGAGCCCAAGAAGGAGCCGGAAUCGCCUGUCACUGAAAUCAAGUCCAAUGCUGCUCUCAUCGAAAAGGCUGUAGCGACUCUGGAGCCACGCUUUACUCAUCGUGUCCUAAGGACCUUGGCUGCGCUAAGAAAGCGUCUGGAUGACUCUGUACUGAGGAAGGCCAUCGAGGAAGUGUAUCCCAAAGACUCGUCGGUGAAGACCACCUUACUUUCAUGGUUGCCACCUGCACCCACAUCAGACCAGGAAAUGGAAAUAGACUCAACGACAACCACGACGCCUACAAAACCACCGCCAGAACCUGUCCCAGAGGUCGAAAUAUACCUUCGUCUGCUCAUCAUCCACCACCUCCUCAAAUCUCCUGAUCAUUAUGCGAAAGCUAUCGAACUCGCGCAUCAAACAGUGGAGAAGAUGCAAGCACUUAACCGUAGAAGUAUGGAUCCCAUUGCAGCCAAGAUAUGGUUUGCCGUUGAACGUGCAUACGAAUUUGGUGGUGAAAUCGCGGAUGCUCGGCCAAUGUUCCUUGCUGCACAACGGACAGCCUCCCUACGACACGAUGACGAGGCCCAAGCCUCCCUCAUCAACCGUCUACUCCGUAGCUACGUCCAUUACAGCAUGUACGACCAAGCUGACAAGCUGGUCUCAAAAACGACGUUCCCCGAGUCCGCUGGAAAUCCCCAAUACGCUCGAUACCAUUACUUCAUCGGCAGAAUUAAAGCCGUCCAGCUCAACUACAGUGCAGCCCAUACCAACCUGCAACAGGCUAUCCGACGUGCACCGCCAGCGAAGGUAGCACCCGGUUUCUAUCAAGCAGUUCACAAGCUCUCGGUCGUCGUCGAGCUUCUGAUGGGCGAUAUACCAGACCGAAGUCUUUUCAGACAUCCCGUCCUAGAGAAGGCUCUAGGCGGCUACUUUGAGAUCGUCAAAGCUGUCCGUACUGGCUCGCUAUCGCAGUUCCAAACCACCCUUGCUAAACACGCUGCUCGAUUUGAGGCUGACAAGACUUACACUCUCAUCGUCCGGUUACGACAAAAUGUCAUUAAAACUGGCAUCCGUCGGCUUUCGCUCUCUUACUCACGUAUCUCUCUACGUGACAUUUGUGUCAAGCUUCAUCUCGACUCGGAGGAAGACGCGGAGUAUAUUGUUGGCAAGGCUAUCCGAGACGGGGUCAUCGAAGGCCGCAUAGUGCAUGAGAAGGGAUGGAUGGAGUGCGGAAGCCAGAGGAACGUAUAUGGGCCUGAAGUCAGCGAGAUGUUCCAGAGGCGAAUCGGGUACUGUCUGGAGUUGCACAACCAGAGCGUGAAGGCUAUGCGGUACCCUCUGAAUGCACAUAGGAAGGAGUUGGCUGCAGCUGAAGGUGCCCGUGAGCGACAGAAGGAACUCGCAAAAGAAAUCCAAGAAGGGGAUCUUGAUGAUGAAGACAUGGGCGAGGAUUUCUGAGCGCUGAUGUACAAGUAUAAUCCCGCCGUAAUAUAUUCAAUUCUCUUUUUGGCAUCGAGUGAGAUACUUGAAUUCAUUCUAAUGGAAUCGACAG